GAUGUCAGGCGAGUUCUUUGUGGUGCUGAUUUUCAUUUCAUGUUUGUGUCUCUGACCUGUUUUCACGCCUGUAAACCUGUGAGCAUUACUUCAAAGCAGCGUUCACAUUUUCACCCACUUUAAGAGCGAUUUCCAUUUGUGAAGACCAUUGUUUGGUUGACUUAACUCUAGUACAAUCUAGUAGACUUAAGCCUCUACAGGAAGACAACUCGUAAACUCUUUCAUAAGGUAUCAAUAGAUAGCUCUAUUCAUAUAUGCAUGACCACACAGGAACCCGUCUAGAUAUCUCUGCCAGAGCUUUAACUAUAACCACGAGCGAGAGGAAGAUUCACACGUCCUCGUUUAAAGACGGCAGGUGUUGUGUUCAUUGAAGUUGAAUCUAUCUUUUAAAAGAGUCUUUUUCUUCUUGUUCAGACCAUUUUGUUUUGAGGGGGGGUUAUUAUUGAAGACCCGCUCUGUGCCCAUCUUAGGCAUGGAUGGACUGUGCAGUAUUAUCCUUGUUCUUUUACUCACAGCAGGAGCUUUCAAUAUUACCCCUGAAGAGGAGAAAAUUAACGUCCAUCUGGAACCAAAGUACAUUGAAGUUUGUGAAGAAGCUUCAGUCACAUUCAACUGCACUUUUCAGCCUCGUGGAAAGUACAAAGUGAGCUGGCAUUAUAGCCAGACACCUUAUUUAGACUGUGAAACAGAAAACAAGAUACCUGAAGGACAGAGAUUUUUUAAAGAGGAAGAUGAAGAUUGGUCAACACUCAACAUUACUUUUAACAAAGCCAGUGAGAGCGGAUGGUACUUCUGCAAGGUUACAAAAGACAUCCCGGUUCUCUUACGAUACUGCAGUAAUGGAACACAGGUUAUAGUCGAUGCCACUAGCAAUAGCACCAGCAGCACAACCAGCACCAGAACCACAGAAUCUCAGAAUCAGACAACAGCACAUUUACCUACAACUUGCAUGAACAAUGAUACAACAACCUCCACACCACCCAUGAUAUCAAAGGAGAAGUCUACUCAGUGGUGGAUAUGGCUAGCAUUGGCUGUUGGAUGCGCGGUACUUCUUGUGUCAAUUGUUGUCAUAUGCAUUUUGACACGCAAACCUGAAGACAUCAUUUAUGAGAACACCAAACCAGUGGAAUCGAGCUGCUGGGGGCGAAACAAGGCUAAGAAGGACAUCUGCGACCUGCCUUUGUCCAAAAAAACGGACACCAUUAAACCACUGAGGAAGUACGACACUCUUUCAAGCAACAGAAUCCGAAGGCCUUAAGUAUUAAAUAUGAAAGAAUGACCUAUCCUCUGAAAACACAUUAAUUAUAUUAAAAACCUUACUGUACACACAUAUUUAUUGUAAUGUUGCAUUUCCCGAUAAGAUGGGAAGCUGUAAAUAUAUAAGGCUGUUUGUUUUGUUUUUUCUUCAGAAAGAGAUACAUGAGAAAACCUGAUUUUUUGUCCCUUAAUGACUUUCAGUUGUGUCAAACCGAAACAUUUUGUGGUUAUAAAUGUGAAAACCACCAAAAAUAAAACUCUGUCACACUU